AUGUCCAAGACACCAACGCUAGCAAACACGAAUCUGUUCAAGCCUAUUAAAGUCGGCAAAGUCGAGCUGAAAAACAGACUUGUUUUCGCUCCAACCACCAGAUACAGAGCCUCGAAGGACUUUGUUCCUACCGACUCCAUGCUCAAGUACUACGAACAGAGAGCAGAGAACAACGGCGGUCUCCUGGUGACCGAGGCUACUUAUCCGGACUAUAGCUUUGGUCUGUACCCCGACACCCCGAUGAUCAAGACGCCGGCUCAGGUUGCUGGCUGGAAAAAGGUGAUUGAGGCCGUCCACAACAAGGGCUCCUUCGUCUCUAUCCAGCUGUGGCACCUGGGAAGAACUGCCAGCGCCGAGUUCAACAAGUCCAAGGGUCUUCCCCUGGUCGGUGCUUCGCCGAUCUACAUGGACGAGGACUCCGAGAAGGCGGCCAAGGAGGCUGGCAACGAGCUCAGAGCGCUCACGAUUCCUGAAAUAGAGAACAUUGUUACCGAAUAUGCUGCUGCCGCCAAGCGUGCGAUCCACGAGGCCAAGGCCGACUUCAUCGAGCUGCACGGCGCCCACGGCUAUCUUCUCGAUCAGUUCAACCAGCCUGGCUCCAAUAAGAGAACCGACAAGUAUGGUGGAUCCAUCGAGAACCGCGCCAGACUGAUCCUGGAGGCUGUUGACGCCUGCAUCGAGGCUGUUGGCGCUGAGCACGUUGCCAUCAGACUGUCUCCGUAUGCGGCCGUUCAGGGUAUCAAAGGUGUUGACAGCGAGAUCCACCCCAUCUCCUACUUUGGCUACGUGCUGAGCGAGCUCGAGCGCAGAGCCCAGGAGGGAAAGAGACUGGCCUACAUCUCUGUUGUCGAGCCAAGAGUCAACGGCAUCUACGACUCCAAGGACAAGAGAGAAUUCAACACCUCGUGGAUCAGCGAAAUCUGGAAGGGUGUUCUUCUGAGAUCUGGUGCCUACCUGAACGAGAACUACAAGUUCUUGCAGCAUGACGUGGACGAGAACGACAGAACCCUGAUUGGAGUUUCCAGAUACUACACGUCCAACCCAGACCUUGCUGACCGGCUCAAGAACGGCCACGAGCUGACACCAUAUGAUAGAUCUAAAUUCUACAAACACUCCUCCAACGACGGAUACCUGACCUGGACCAGAUACGGAGAGAAAGAGCCUCAGUACAAGGAUCUGGUGGAUGUUGCUCCAGAGCCACUGGCCUGA